AUGGGAUGUACUUUGUGUGUGGAUUCCAAUAAAAGUGAAUAGGCUUAAAAUUACUCUACUAGCAAGAGAAGUUAUGAAAUCUCUUUGUACAGUUUAGGAUUUUUAGAAUAAAUUGGAACCCCAACUUAAACUUAAAAAAGCCAAGAUAGUAGCUCUUCUAUAUAAGAUUCGUUUUUAGAUGAAUAUCAAUCAAGCAGUUUCGAAAAUAUGCAAAUUCCGCGAAGAUAAAAUUAAAUAUAAUAAAGGUAAAUGCAAAUAAUAUCUUCAAAUAAUAAUAAUAGUAACCAAUUUAAUUAACCAACUGAAGACCUUUAUGAGCAUUAUAAAAUUGAAAAUAAAGAUUAAGAUAUUUACAGCGAUAGAUUUAACUUCUCAGGAAACUACUAUGAAAGGCAAUAUAUUUAAAACGAUUAAAGUGAAUUAUGA